AUGACUUGUACCAUUUCUAUUAACAAGAUUGAAAACUAUGGAACACUUAAUUUCUGUUCAUUACCUAAAAUUAAUGAAUGUACUUCAAAACCUGUUCCUGUUAGUGAUGCACAACAAUCUAUUAAUUCUUCAGAAAAGGAUACACAAAUUAAUCAACUAAGAAAACAGAAAGAGGUUCUUAAUACAACAAUAAAAGAAUUGAAAAAUUCUAAUGAAGAAUUACAACGUAUUUUACUUGAGGAAAGAACAAAUAAAACUAAUUUAAAAGAUAUCCAUUCUAUUAAUGAAAUUAUUACUAAAGAAGAAAAAGAAGAGAAUAAUUUAUCUAAUGAUAUAGAACCAAAAAAGGAUAUAAAAUGUUCUAAUGAACUUAUUGCAGCAUAUCAAGCAAUGCAAGAAGGUAAUUUAGUUAUUCCAAUGGAAAUUGAAGAAUCUAAUGAAUUUAUAGGUAAUUUAAAUGAAGAAGAAUUAUCAUUAUUACAUCAAUGGACUGGAAAGCAAAAAUUACAUGUAUUUUUUAAUAAUAAAAAAGAAAGAUUUACAAGAGAAAAUUGUUUAUCUAUUUUAAAGAAUAAAACAGAUAUUAUUAUUUUAUUAGAAACAGAAAAUGGAGAAGUAUUUGGAAGUUAUCAUCAUCUUGUUCCACAACAAUUUGGAAAUUGGGUUAAUGAUCCAAAACAUUUUGUUUUUGCAAUAAGAAAUAAAAAUAAAAUACAAGGAAAAUAUGAAGCAGAUUCAAAUAAUCAUUAUUCAUUAAUGAUUGCUGAUUUUAUGGAAGAUGAUGAUGAAUUAAAAUCAACAAUUCUUGAAAUUGGAUAUUUUUAUACAAUUACACUUGAAGAAAUUUGUUCAUUAAAUAUGUCAUUUAAUUCACAUUAUUUAAAUACUCCUAACAUUGGAGUAGAUGCAUUUAUGAAAGAACCUAUGGGAAUGGGAUUAAAAUCUAUUCUUUUUAUAGAAUAA